CCGGCGGGCGUGCUCCUGGGAAUAUGUGCGGCCAUGUUAGGCGUCAGUCUCCAGGACGGGUCUUCUUCUGAGACUUGGGCUGAAACCGAGGCGUCAUGGGCGCGGGAACACAGGUCAGACUCCUGCUGUGGAAGAACUGGACCGUUCGCAGGAGACAAACGGUGCGUUUCUUCAUGGAGAUCAUGUGGCCUAUUAUUUUGUUCAUGGGACUGGUGUGGCUGCGAAGAGUGAACCCGCUCUACCGUCAACAUGAAUGUCACUUCCCCAACAAGGCCAUGCCCUCGGCAGGGGUGCUGCCAUGGAUCCAAGGGAUCUUCUGCAAUGCCAACAACCCUUGCUUCCAGUACCCCACCCGCGGGGAAUCACCCGGCUUGGUGUCCAACUACAACAACUCAAUAUUGGCUCGAUUUUACUCCGAUGCCCAGGAGCUUCUUUUCGUUGAUCCAAAGCUUCUCCCUCUGGGACGCCUCUGGAGUGAAGUGAGAGCCAUGAGUAACCUGAUGGACACGCUGCGUACCCGCCCUGAACUGAUCUCAGGUCGUGGAGUCCAGGUGGAGUCCAUCCUAAAAGACGACGAGACGCUGACAUCCUUCCUUCUGAGGGACGUUCCUCUAAGCGAGGCUGUGGUCAAUGAGCUUGUCAGUGCCCAGAUCAGGCCAGAACAGUUUGUCUUCGGGGUUCCGGACAUCCACUUAAAGGACAUCGCCUGCAGCUUGAACUUUCUUGAACGGUUCCUGAUUUUCCCGAACCGCCGGGGACUCCACGCCGUCCGCAAUGCCAUGUGCAUCCUCACCCCCCAGCGGCUGCAGAUCAUAGAGGACAAGUUUUACGCCAACAUGGACAUUGUCAAGCUCUUUCGGGUGCUUCCCCGUGUUGUGGACAAUCACUCUGAGGGCAUCAACAUCCACUUCUGGCUGCAGGUGGUGUCCGCUGCCAGCGACAAACUGCGAGAGUUGCUCCGGAGAAGCAGCACCCGGGAACUCCUACAGGUGAUGACACCUCUCUUCCAGAGAGAUCUCUCCUUCAGGCAGGUGAUGGCUGCCGCCUCCAGCCUGGUGUGCGGCUACACCGAGGGGGCCUUCUCCCGCGUGGCCUCCUUCAACUGGUACGAGGACAACAACUACAAAGCUUUCCUGGGCAUCAACGGGGCCAGAAGACGUGGCCGGCAUGUUUACGACAACAGCAGCACUGAGUUCUGCACUGAUCUGAUGAGCGAGCUGGAAUCCAACCCUGCCACCAGGAUCGUGUGGCACUCACUGAAGCCCAUGUUGAUGGGCAAGAUCCUCUACGCCCCCGACUCACCGGCCGUCAGAACCAUCAUAAGAAAUGCCAACUCGACAUUUGAAGAGCUGCGACGGUUAAAGACGAUGGGGAAGGCCUGGGAAGAAGUGGCUCCCCAGAUCUGGGCUUUCUUCCAAGAUGGAGUCCAGGUCAAAAUGAUACGGGACAUUCUGCAGAACCCGUCAUUGAUGGAUUUCAUUGACCGGAGUCUAGAGGAGGCGCCGUUCUCCGCCAAACACAUCCUCAGCUUCCUGCACAACGGACCACCUGGGGACCGACCAGCCGGUAUGCCAGAUUUUGAUUGGCGGGACAUCUUCAACCUAACUGACCGAGUCAUUGGGAUGCUCAAUCAAUACGGAGACUGUCUGGUCUUGGAUAAAUUUGUGCCUCUGCCUGACGAAGACGCGGUAACUUAUCGGGCCUUGGACCUGCUGCAGGACGGAAAGUUCUGGGCCGGCCUGGUCUUUGUGAACAUGCACCCUUGGGGCGCCAAAGUCCCGCCUCAUGUGAAGUUCAAGAUCCGUAUGGAUAUCGAUGCUGUGGAGAGGACCAAUAAAGUCAAAGACAGGUAUUGGGACCCAGGCCCUAGGGCGGAUCCUAUGGACGACCUGCGCUAUGUUUGGGGCGGCUUUGCUUACCUUCAGGACAUCCUGGAACAUGGGAUCAUCCGCACUCAGACUGGAAAGGAAUGGCCGCUGGGUGUUUACCUGCAACAGAUCCCUUACCCGUGUUAUGUGGACGACCUCUUCAUGCUCACUCUCAACCGCUGCUUCCCGGUCUUCAUGGUCCUGGCCUGGGUCUACUCCGUGUCCAUGGUGGUCAAAAGCAUCGUCCUGGAAAAGGAGCUGCGUCUGAAGGAGACCCUCAAGGUGAUGGGGGUCUCAAACGGCGUCAUCUGGUCCACCUGGUUCAUCGACAGCUUCCUCGUGAUGGGCACCAGCACGGCUCUGCUGACGGCCGUCAUCACGGGAGGAAGGGUACUGAACUACAGCAACCCCCUCAUCCUCUUCCUCUUCCUCCUCGCCUUCACCACGGCCACCAUCAUGCAGUGCUUCCUCCUCAGCGUCUUCUUCAACCACGCCAACCUGGCGGCGGCCUGCUGCGGCAUCAUCUACUUCGCCCUCUACCUGCCGCACCUCUUCUGCUUCGCUUGGCAAGACCGCGUCACCAAGGACAUGAAGAUCCUGGUGAGUCUGCUGUCCCAAGUUGCAUUUGGUUUUGGGACAGAGUACCUGUCACGUUACGAGGAACAAGGUCAGGGUCUGCAGUGGGACAACAUACAGACCAGUCCUCUGGAGGGGGACGAAUUCUCCUUCCUCACCUCAAUCUGCAUGAUGGCUGUGGACACGGUGCUCUAUGCGGUCCUGGCCUGGUACCUGGACAACAUCUUCCCUGGCCAGUAUGGAAUUGGUCGGCCAUUGUACUUCCCUCUCAUGCCAUGUUAUUGGCUCAAUACUGUGGCUCCAGCAACAGACAACAGCCAUAAUAAACAUGAGCUGUCCAAGAAAGGCUUCGAUAACCCAGCAUGCAAGGAGCAAGGAGAAGUGCAGAAAACCCCGGAGAAACCAAAGACUGCCGAGGCAACAAGUGGCCAACAGGAUGAGAGGGAUGGUGCAGGGCCAGAGAAGCAAGAAAAUGACGGCCAGCCGUUCUUCGAGGCGGAACCAGCAGGCCUGGUGAAGGGUGUGUGUAUCCAGAACCUAGUCAAGGUCUUCGGCAGUAGCCCCAGACCUGCUGUGAACGGCCUCACCCUCAGCUUCUUUGAGAACCAGAUCACUGCCUUCCUCGGCCACAAUGGCGCUGGCAAAACCACCACCAUGUCCAUCCUGACUGGUAUGUUCCCUCCCACGUCAGGCACCGCUACCAUUUACGGGAAAGACAUCCGCACAGAAAUGGACAGCAUUCGCUCGUCUCUUGGAAUGUGCCCACAGCACAACACCCUGUUUCAAUACAUGACUGUCGCUGAGCACAUCCUCUUCCACUCGCUGCUGAAAGGCCGUCAAAUAGCAGAGGCCGAGCAAGAGGUGGAGAACAUGUUGCAAGACUUGGGUCUACCCCACAAAAGAGAUGAACUGACCCAGAAUCUGUCAGGAGGCAUGCAGAGGAAGUUGUCAGUCGCGCUGGCGUUUGUUGGCGGUGCAAAGGUGGUGAUCCUGGAUGAACCCACAUCAGGGGUGGACCCUUACUCCAGACGCUCCAUCUGGGACCUGCUCCUCAAAUAUCGUACAGGUUGUACAGUCAUCAUGUCCACCCACCACAUGGACGAGGCCGACUUGCUGAGUGACCGAGUGGCCAUCAUCUCUCAGGGGCGCCUCCACUGCUGCGGCUCCCCCAUCUUUCUCAAGAACUGUUUCGGCGCCGGCUUCUACCUCACGCUGGUGCGAAGGAUGAAAUACGCCACUCCAAAGAUCGGCGACCCUGGAGCUGAUGGUGACGCCUGUACAGAAACUUGCUCCUGUGUGUGCUCCAAGUGUUGGAAGUUUCGAGGCGACCAAGAGGAAACGCAGACUCCAGACAAACACAUGGACGGUAACAUUGAACGCAUCACCGCCCUGGUGCAUCAUCACGUGCCGCAAGCCCGCCUGAUCGAGGCCAUCGGCCAGGAGAUGACCUACCUGCUCCCCAGUCACGGCUUCCAGCCCCGGGCCUACGCCAGCCUGUUCAGGGAGUUGGAGGAGACCUUGGAGGACAUCGGCCUCAGCAGCUUCGGCGUGUCCGACACGUCGCUGGAAGAGAUUUUCCUCAAAGUCACAGCUGAUGGCCACGCAAGCAACAAGAAAUGCGUUCCAGACAAUAAAUCAUUUCAGCAGAACUCUCGAGCGAGUCUCUGUGGAUUCAACCGAGUGGCAAUUGCUAUGGAGCCACCUGAAGGGUCAGACGGGCCCCCGCACACCACCGACCCGUGUGAAGGUCCAGAAGGGGGGCGAGGAUCCUACCAGGUCCGAGGUGUUUGUCUGGCCUUCAAACAGUUCUUGGCACUGCUGGUCAAAAGGCUGCAUCACACCGCUCGCUCCUGCAAAGACUUCUUCGCCCAGAUUGUUUUACCAGCCAGUUUUGUUUUCCUGGCGUUGACGUUCACGUUGAUCGUUCCACCGUUUGGGGAGUAUCCAAGUGUCACGCUCAGUCCGUGGAUGUAUGGCAGACAGUACACCUUCUUCAGUAACGAACGUCCGCUGGAUGCUCAGAUGAGACAUUUAGGGGAGGUGUUGUUGGACAAGCCAGGCUUUGGGACACGCUGCAUGGCGGACGAACCACUGGAAGAUUUCCCAUGUAACAACAUCACCACAGAGUGGGAGAUGCCCCCGGCGAACCCCUCGCUGAUUGAGACCCUGGCCGACCCCGGAUGGACCUCCCUCAGACCGUCUCCAGACUGCCAGUGCAGCACGGACAGGAAACUCACCAUGCUGCCCACGUGCCGCCAGGGAGCCGGAGGCCUGCCACCCCCGCAGAGGAUCCAGUCGACGGGUGACGUCCUCCUGGAUCUAACGGGCAGGAACAUCUCAGACUACUUGGUGAAAACCUACCCCGGUCUCAUCAAAACCAGCUUGAAGAGCAAAUAUUGGGUGAACGAGCAAAGGUAUGGAGGAAUAUCAGUAGGAGGUCAACUUCCUGUUUUAGAUCUGCAGCCAAAGUUCCUCCAGGAUGCAGCAGUUCAACUGGGACAACUACUCAAUGUCACCGGGGGCGACCACUGCAAAGAAACUCUGAGGGAAAUCGGCCCGUUCCUCAGGUACUUGGAGACCCAGAACAAUGUCAAGGUGUGGUACAACAACAAGGGCUGGCACGCCAUGGUGUCGUUCCUCAACGUAGCGAACAACGCCAUCCUCCGCGCCAACCUGCCCAAAGGCGCCGACCUGGACCAGUACGGAAUAACGGUCAUGAACCAUCCUCUCAACCUCACCAAAGAGCAGCUGUCUGAGAUCACAGUCUUGAACACGUCGGUGGAUGCGGUGGUCGCCAUAUGCGUCAUCUUCGCCAUGUCCUUCGUUCCCGCCAGCUUCGUCCUCUACCUCAUCCAGGAGAGGGUCACCCAGGCCAAGCACUUGCAGUUCGUCAGCGGCGUCAGCCCCCUCGUCUACUGGAUGGCCAACUUCCUCUGGGACAUGCUAAAUUACUCCGUCAGCGCGCUGAUGGUGGUGCAGAUUUUCAUCUUGUUUGAUAAGAAGUGCUACACCUCACCGACUAACCUGCAACCACUCAUUGCACUGCUGAUGCUUUAUGGCUGGUCGGUCACACCCAUGAUGUACCCCAUGUCCUACGUCUUCAGUGUCCCCAGCACAGCCUACGUGUCUCUGUCCUGCAUCAACCUCUUCAUCGGCAUCAACAGCAGCGCCAUCACCUUCAUCCUGGACCUUUUCGAAGGCACCACCGCUCUGUACAAGUUCAACCAGCUGCUGAAGACGGUGUUGCUCAUCUUCCCCCACUACUGCCUGGGCAGGGGCCUCAUAGACAUGGCCAUCAACCAGGCUGUGACCGACAUCUUCACACGCUUCGGUGAGGAUCAUAGUCCAGACCCUUACGACUGGGACUUCAUCGGGAAGAACCUGUUCUGCAUGGCACUGGAGGGAUUCGUCUACUUCGCCCUGAACAUUUUGUGCCAGUACCGCUUCUUCCUGGACCACUGGGUACCAGAUGGUCCGAAGCCCUCUAUUCUGGACGAAGACUUGGAUGUGGCUGAGGAAAGAGAGAGAAUAUACAAAAGCAGAAAAACAAAUGACAUUUUACACGUACGAGACCUUUCGAAGAUAUACACAGGAACUAUGACUCCUGCAGUGGAUCAAAUCUGUAUUGGAGUCUCACCAGGAGAGUGUUUUGGUCUCCUUGGGGUGAACGGCGCUGGGAAGACCACCACGUUUAAGAUGUUAACUGGAGACACCGAGGUCACCUCAGGAGAGGCCUCAGUUACCGGCCACAGCAUUUUGACCAACAUACUGGACGUCCACCAAAACAUGGGCUACUGCCCGCAGUUCGACGCCAUCGAUGAACUGCUGACUGGAAGAGAACACCUUCACCUCUACGCUCGCCUCCGCGGGGUGCCAGAGGUGGAGAUCAGCAGGAUUGCGGAGUGGGCCAUCCAGAAGCUGGGUCUGUCCGAGUACGUGGGCCAAAGCGCCGGCACCUACAGCGGAGGGAACCGCAGGAAACUGUCAACAGCUAUCGCCAUGAUCGGCUGUCCCGCUCUGGUCCUGCUGGAUGAACCCACAACAGGCAUGGACCCGCUGUCCAGGCGCUUCCUCUGGAGCUCCAUCGUGAGCGUGAUCCAGGAGAAAAGAGCUGUCGUCCUCACCUCACACAGCAUGGAGGAAUGUGAGGCGCUCUGCACGCGUUUGGCCAUCAUGGUGAACGGGUCCUUCAAGUGUCUCGGAACCAUUCAGCAACUCAAAUACAAAUUUGGUGAUGGCUACGUGGUGACCAUGAAGAUCAGGGCCUCCAAGGCCGGUUGCGCCCCCGAUCUGAACCCGGCCGAAGCCUUCAUGGAGAGCACCUUCCCCGGCUGCGUCCAGAGGGAAAAACACUACAACACCCUGCAGUACAAGAUAGCCUCCUCCUCCCUGGCAAGGAUCUUCCAGAUGGUCCUGGCCAACAAAGACCAGCUCAACAUCGAGGACUACUCGGUGUCACAGACCACUCUCGAUCAAGUAAAAACAAAAGAGGUUUAAAGAGGAAUGUA